AUGACUCAGCACAGUGGUGCUGGACACGCGGACUCCCACAAAUCCACGCGUAACUCACCAUCCCUGCACCACCCGGCUGUGGAGCACGCUAUGGACGUUGUUGGAAACGACGGUCGAAUUGUCGAUUUUCCUAGUCAGGCCGAUUGGAUCCCGGACAGCCAACUUAAAAAUGUCCGCCACCAUCCAACUUACCUUCCAACGGCCAAGCAGUUCCUCAAGCACAGUUUCGACUCUCAUGCCUACUGCCGUUACAUACCAGCCUCCCGCAGAUCGCAGUCACUUUGGGUUCAACCCUUCAAAUUUCACGCCACUGCUAUCGCAGGGGCAGCCGGCGCCGUGCAGAUUGCGGCCUUGAAUGCGCUGAAAAUCAACAUAAAUGACCUCCUACAGGUUCCCUUCAGGGACAUCGCACCCGAUGUCUGUACCUCUUUUCGUCGAAGUCUUAACCUCCUGCUGGAUUGCCUUCUGCUGGCACUCUGUGCGGACUUGACGACCAUUCAGUUGCUGGCUUUGCAGUGCCUACAAGGCCUUUUUCGUCUGGCUGCCCACUUUGAGGAAAAACAGGGGGCCAUGAAACUGUUUGCUACAACCCUCGUCGCUCGUGGUCUGGCCGCGGAGGUUCGCGAGGACCAACUAAUGGACGACCUUAUCUCAAAAAUUCCCAAACCUCGGUUGGAUUCUGCCGUCCCGCCUGAGCCCUGUGACCCUCCGAAGGCCGAAUACGAGGCGGCGGAGGGGUGUAGCUGUAAAGAUGAUGAUGACGAAGAGGAUGCUUCUAGUACUGCGUCUCCGCUGUGUUCUGAACCUGAGUACCCCUCCAACCUGCUCUGGAGCAGUAAGGCAGACCAAAGUGAGGAGAAGGCGGAGAUCCUCUUGAGGACGCCGCGUCUCACCGCUCUCUGUGCCCUGCUUCAGCUUCUUCUACUGGACUCCAACUUCAACUUG